UUAAGUAUCGUCCGAUGCCUGUCUGCCAGUCAUUAUAAUUUUAAUUUGUACAUAAUAAUAGCAUUAGUUUAUUGUGCAUUGAUAAAACUAGAACGUUUUUCAGUUUUCUUCACUUUGAUAAAAAGUUGAGGUUGAGUAACCAUCGUCUUACGAUCGCUGGUAUCGCAUCAAAUUUGCCAUUUCAUACUCUAUAGACUUCUUAUUACAUGGCAUAUAACGUGCGAUAAGAUGACUUAGAUACAAAUGGAGUUAAGAACUGGCGGUUACAAAACAGAAGAGGGCCUAAAUCCACUUCGUAUGAAUUGCCACAAAUGAUUACUUAGAUAUGGGAAAGAAAAAGCACCUCUUCCACAAUUUUUAAUGGUGAAUUCAGACUAAAGUUGUGGUUUUGAAUGGCUUUUUCUGUCUGCUAUAGAAGCCGAUUCCUGUUAGCAGGCAGUUCAUGUGGAGGGUGCGGCUGUACGAAUUAAAUUGGGUGCAAAGUAGGGUUUACGGUUCUAGACAAACAGAGAUACAGACGCAUGUCAGGUAAUGGUUGGGAAAGAAAGUACGAUCUUGCAACUCGAAUAGUCUCAGCUACUUUGUACCAAGAGAAAAUUUUACUUUUAAGAGGUAAAGACUCUAGCUUUGCCUGUUUUAUGCUUGUUGUACAACUGAAGCAAUGCGCCCUGAUUUUUGUGGGCCGCAUAUCAGUGAUCUAAAUUGACUCUACAUUUCCUUCUGACCGAUUCCCAAUCAAAUAAUCACUUUUCGUCAACCACAGUGUAUCAGCUUCCUAACACCUGCCUUCUUUAGGAUCUCUGUGCACUUAGACCACUACACACCAUCUUAUAGCGCACAACACGUUUUUAACGAGAUGAAGAAGAAAAUAGCUUACCCCUUGGGAAACACACUCCAAGCAAACCAAAAGCGCGAGAUGCCCGUUUUGGCGUAAAGUAUUGUGAUAAUUGAGUGUGACUUGAGCAGAUUUGUAUCGAUAGUCUAGCACCUGCUUUUAUUACCGGAAUGUAUCACACGAAAGACAUUCUAGAGCCCCAAACACCCGAGUUAUGUACACUGUUACGCUCGAAUUCCUUCCAUAGUCAUCUCCGUCUAUAAGUCGUGUUUUGUGUAUUCUAUUGGAUGGCACACAAGCUCUGGAUGCUGCGAGCCAGGGGGCGACCUGUAUAUUGGUAUUUUUGUAUACUUUUCUAAGGCUUCCAGAUAUUUGUUUUAUGGUUAGACUAAAUUAACUAUGCAAGGAAUCUCAGAGUAUUUGCAUCUAGAAUAUAGCGUUCAAGCUUGAAUAGACCGUUUCGCAUUCUGCACAUUACUGUUGAGAUGUAGACGAAUCAGACGGCAUUUCGAUGACCCCACGAGCUAGGCGUACUGUGUCAUGACGAGCGCUCAGCUCUUCAGGCUCACCCUAGCGCGUCGAUAUUGGCAUCUGAUAUUUGUUUGUCAGCGGUAGUAGGCACUACAAGAUAGUAGCUGAGGUUAGCUGUUAACUUGCGGUAAGAUGUGGUGCCAGAGUUGAUCCCUUGCAGCCAAUCAGUGAAAAACCGCACUAGUGAAAAGCCUCGUAUUUGGGGAGAGGGGAGAGGCGCGUACGCCAACCAAGCCUUUCUAGUCAAACAUCUUUAAGCUGUCUCUGACACCCGCGAGCGCCGAUCUGGCUCAUCAUAGAAUUUAGUCGGCUCUUUUUUGAGCCCUGCUUCCACUAUAUUAUGUUACAGCUCGAAUAGAAAUUCGCGCCAGAAUGAUGCUAGUGCAACAGACUUGGCUUUUUGUAUUGUUAACUUUAAGCUUCGUGCCUUCGAAUACGGAGGACGUUAUUAUCAACACUAAGUAUGGGAAAGUCUUAGGACUGGCGCAAACGCUUGCCAGUGCUCAGGGACCUGCGAGAAAGAUUAACAAGUUUCUUGGAAUACCAUAUGCCCAACAACCGAUAGGGGAUUUACGAUUCAAGCCACCACAGCCCCUCAAACCUUGGAAGGAAAAGAUUUACAAUGCAACUUCUUUUGGCAACAUCUGCGUGCAAUCAAAGCUCUACUUUGAAUUUCUAAAAAGCUCUAUCAGACGGACGUGGCCGGACUUUAGCAAAAAGAACAUGCGCGAGGACUGCCUUAAUCUAAACAUUUACACGCCGGCUUGGCCCGACAUCUCCGACUCUGUGCAAACACGUAAGGCCUACCCAGUGUUAUUCUACAUCCACGGCGGAAGCUAUUACCUAGGGACCCCUAACAGGGUUAAAACCCCCGGCGAAAUCGCUCCACAGUACGGCAUCGUCUUGGUGACAAUCCACUAUCGACUCGGGGUACUCGGAUUCUUGACGACCGGAGACGUCGAGGCCCCUGGGAAUGCCGGGAUGCUUGAUCAAAUCCAGGCACUUCGGUGGGUAAAAGAGAACAUCGCGGGGUUCGGGGGGGACCCGAACCAGAUCACACUUGUCGGGAACAGCGCGGGAGCGUCUAGUGUCGGGCUCCAUCUCCUAUCGCCUCUGACCAAGGGGCUCUUCCAGAAGGCUAUUAUGGAGAGUGGUACCGAGCUCUCGCCAUUUGCGGUCAAUCCACUAAAAACUGCGAUUGCGAAAUCUAAGAAUGUGGCUAAGAACUUGCUGUGCGAUACGGAAGAUCAUGUACGGAUGGUGAAAUGCUUGCAGACUAAAGAUGCAGAGGACCUGGCUUUUUAUUAUGACCCCUUCCCAGCACCACACGUCGAUAAUUACUUCCUGCUAGACACGCCCCGUAAUUUGCGCAAAGAGGGCAAGUUCCAGCCCCUCCCCCUCAUGCUGGGCUUCACCAAACACGACGGUUUCCACAUGAUCAGCGACCUCGAGCUACCCGACCAACUCACGCCCAGCUACUUCAGGAAAGGCAUCGAAAGAGCGCUACAGAAAUUCAUGAAAAUCCACGAUCCCAUGACGGCAGUUCGGUUAGCCGACGCAAUCGAGUUUACGUACCAGCCUUGGGCGAAGACAACGGACCCGGAUGAGCUUUAUAAGGCGUUAGUGGCACUUUGCACGGAUAUAUUUAUCGUCGCACCGACAAUGGAGAGUGCGAACUUUCACUCGGAAUACUCGGCGACGUACCUAUUCGAAUAUUCACACAUUUCUAAUAACAGCCGUUUGAAAUGGGCAACACACAGUAGCAAUGCGGACUACACGUUCGGCGCACCCAUACAUAAUGCGACACACAUCGCUUACACCAAGGAGGACCGAAACGUUAGUCAUUUAUUGCUACAGCUUUAUAGCAAUUUUCUCAAGUUCGGGGACCCGACGCCCCAACCCGUGCAAGGCAUCACUUGGGAGAGGUACAGCCAAAGGCAAGGGGAUUACUUGAAAGUGCAAGCAAGACCACAAAUCGCAGAUAAAUACGAACCAAGGAGGGUGGCCUUGUGGAACUAUUACAUACCGAAGAUUAGGAACUUUUCCUGUCAGCACAACGCGACGGAAAAACCGCAGAAAUCAAGCGCGAGCGUAAAUACUGCGUUUAAUGUCAUAAUUUUUAUCUGCGCAUCAUUGAUUAUGAUACCCUGAUGGUAAGAAUUCUUAUUGAUCCGCCAAACGCUCAGAUGUGUACAAAAAAGCUUCCAAAUAUAAAGCAUAAGCCCGCUCACGAAUAAAG